UACCACCGAUGUCAAGUCAAAAUGGGCCGUUAUCACGGCCACCGUCAUCUGCCUCAAGUGGAGGUGGUACUGUUAUUACAUCACCAUCUACUAGUAAUUUACCAGCACGUGUUCAUGGUCAUGACCAUACACGUCCAUUGCCACCACCACGAUUACCCGAAACAAUAUCGACGAUAGCCCCGUUGACAGCACCGUUAACGCCUUUGUCAACGUCCAGCAGUUUUCGUAUGAACUCACGUUUUCCGUCGAUGAAUACAACACCAACUACUGCAAGUUCCGGUGAUAGUAGUACACAAUUGCGUAAUGAUCGCACAUUAGGUGAAGUUACAUUAACAGUUCCACGACCGGAUAUCGAACGUAUCGUAAACGAAUACGUCGAGACUCCAUUUCGACAGCCGUCAAAUCAUAAAUGCUUGAAGAAUGAAAGGAGAUUACAGCAAAACCAACCCCAUCACCACCAUCAUCAUCAUCAUCAUCUGCCACAGCAAUCGCAGCAGCGCACACCCCAGCAACUACCGCAGAACCAGCAAUUGCUCAAUGACCAACAACAGACUAAUCAGCAAUCGUCUCAUGAGCAGCAACGACAACACCAGCAGAUACAUGAGCAUAAGAAUGUUGAAGCUCGGACUGCACGACGUCAUCAAAGCAACCUGCUGCAAUCAUCAGCAAGUCAACAUCAGCCGGUAACUAAACAACCGGUGUCUUUUACGAAAGAACCAGCUAAUACAGGUUCUGGAUCUUUAGGGCGACCUAAUGACACUAGUCUAUCGAUAAUGUGUGAUUAUUGUGGCAAGUGUAGAUGUGAAUCAUGCCGUGAACCUCCGCCAUUACCGAGCCGAUGGUUAUGUAACAAUUCUUGCUUUUGUUCAGCAGAAACGGCAUUAGACUAUGCGUCGUGUUUAUGUUGUGUUAAGGGACUAUUCUAUCAUUGUGGUGACGCAAAUGGUAACAGUGAUUCGGAAGCUGGUGGUAGUUGUGCUGAUGAACCGUGUUCAUGUGUUGGGUCACGUAAAGCAGCACGGUGGACAUGUCUUGCUGCAUUGACUAUGGUAUUGCCAUGCCUAUUAUGCUAUUGGCCUUUAAAAGGAUGCGUAAAGAUAUGUGAAGCCUGUUAUGCACGUCAUGCUGCACAAGGGUGUAAAUGUGAUCCGACGACAGUUGGCCGUUCAUUUGGUGGCCCACCAGGUGCGCUAAUGGUAUCCAGAGAUUCACGUGAUCCGGAAAAACGACUAUUGGAUCCUAUUACACCAGAUUUAUCGUAGAACUAGCAAUAAUAACAAUUUUAAUAAUAAUAAUAAUAAUAAUAAUAAUAAUAAUAAUAAUAAUAAUAAUAAUGAUAAUAAUAAUAACGAUAACAGUAAUAAUAAUAAUAAUAAAAAUAAUAAUAAUAAUAAUAACAAUAAUGCAAUUAUAUAAAAUAAUUAUUAAUUAAUCAGUAAAUAAAUUAUUGAUUUACGAUACAAUGGAUUAAUUGUACUAACCAUAUUGUAAAUUACAUUUGUAUAAAGAAAGAAGCAAACUUUUUUUACAGUUUAUUUAUUCAUGAACAAAAUAAUAAUUAUAAUGUUAAUAAGAAAAAAAAAAAUGAUAACAAUAAAAAAUAAAAAUAAUAAUAAUUAAUAGCUAAAAAAAAAAAAAAUGGUCGCGUUUUAUUCUUGGUAGGUCGGAAUUCGAAAAAGUCAGGUUUUUUUAUCACCAUGUUUUAUAAUAGUCGAUAAUGAUGAAAAAACUACAUAAUUAAUAAUUAAAUUUAUAAAUCGAUAUAAUAAUUGGAAAAAGUGCCGGGUGGUUUUGACUUUUUAUUUAAUUUUCUUUCCAGUAUUAUCUAGUCUUGAAUGUUUUAUCAAUUA